UAGUUUGGACGUAUCACCCAACAGGCACGGCUUCCCUAACGCCCCCUUCCUCCAGAGCGGGCUUCCCUGACACAGGCGCCAGGUCAGGAUGAGGUCUCGGUUCGCGUGUGUAUUAUCUGCCAGUGGAUCUGUUGAGGGUGGGAGAAUCGGGCACUGUUGCGAUAUUGACGCGCGGUGUCACGAUUCUCUUGCGACCCGACCCCCGCUCCCAAACUUGGGGUUGCGGGAACAGAGAUUGGACCUAAGAGACAGGAGGUGUGUCGUUGCGUUUUUCCCUCCUCAGAGCCCUCCCAUGGCUUCCCAGGAGAGGGUGGAGACAGCAACGAAAGGAACGGGGUUCUGGCGCUGCCCCAAGCCGGCCACUUACACCCCAGGAACCUGUGAGCUGCUCAGAGUGAUGAUGAAAGAAUCCAAACUGACUAACUUCCAACAGCGCCACAUCAUGGACACCAUGAAACGAGGAGACCCUCUCCCUCUACAGUGCAGCCCAGCUUCCAGCCAGAGGGUCUUGCCUUCCAAGCAGCCAGCCUCGGCCAUCUACCUGCCUCCCAUCCUGGCAGCUCGGUCCCACCUCCGGCCUGCCAGCAAGUGCCAGGCCAACGGGGCCUACAGCCGGGAGCAGUUCAAGCCUCAAGCCACCCGAGAUCUGGAGAAGGAAAAGCGAAGACUGCAAAAUAUUUUUGCCACCGGGAAGGAGCCAGAGGAACGGAAAAGCAAGCCCUCUCCUGUGCGACAGGAGGACCCAGCCCCGGAGCUGGACCGCUUUGAAGAACUGGUGAAGGAAAUCCAGGAGAGGAAAGAAUUCCUGGCUGACAUGGAAGCCCUGGGGCAGGGCAGACGGUACCAAGGGAUCAUCCUCACUGAAAUCUCCCAGAAACUACAGGAAAUGGAAGACAUUGACCACAAGAGGAGUGAGGAACUUAGGAAGGCUCUAGCCACCACUUUAUCUGUCUCAAGAGGGGCGGGAAGCCCAGCCUCCACCACUGGAACACCCACCCCCUUGCCAAACAGGGUCACCCCCAGGUCAGCCCAGCCACCCUGGCCUUCAGCCAUGUCAGAUGGCUGUAUAUCACUGCCCCUGCCUAGGGUACCCCAGACAGAGACAGCACCCUAGAAAGUAGACUGAUCCUCCUGGAUACCUGGCCCAAGGAUCCCAGGUCAGCUGAGCCUCUGAGACCAGUCACAGAUACAGACACGCACCAAGACACACGACUUGGAGUCUUUUCUCAGGGGAAGAGUCCCCCCAUACACACUGAAAGCAAGGCCCAGGUCUCACCAUCUCGGGCGUGGGUCUAAGGGUGGCCACUGGGCCCUCUUCCCACUACCUCACCCACUGUGUGUCCCCAUGUCCUCCACAUUUGAUUCUCUGAACUUAGGAAUGAAUGACUCCUUUCUUCCUACGUGUCUUAGGACCUACUUAUAUGACUUCUUACCACCUUGGGCAAAUGUUUAACCACUAUGAUUAACUGGCCAAUGAAACACGUUUAACAUAGGUCAUUA